GAUACACUGGAAUUUGAUGGAGCGAUUAAACGUAUAUCAGGAUCACAGCGACUACACACGGGCAUCAUCAGAGAAAAUGAUUGCUGUUCUCUUGUCACCAGGGCCAAACAAGACCAGUGUCCACGAUGAAACCCUGCAAUACCUGCUCAUUUUGUGCUCCAAAGUGGCUUUGAACACACUCCUUUUGUCCUUCUGGAUGCGCAGUAUUUGCAAGUCACUCCUGGGGCUCUGCAGCAUCUCUAUGUAUGGGGCAGACGUGCUGCUGGUCGGUGCCGUCUCCUGUGCGUGGUUCUUCAGAGAAUACCUACCUACCUCCACCUCCAUGUGCUUUAUCCUGGCACAUAGCUCGGCCAUCUACGCCCUGCUACCUUUACCAAUCCUCAUCGCUGGGGCAUUCGACUACGCCACAUACCCACACCUGGUUAAUGAGCACAGCUCCCAGCGGAGGACUGUUAGUUAUUGCAUUACAGUUGCAUUUAUGUGGGCAUCAGUGUGCGUAUACUCCUACUACCACACCGACACACAACCCGCGGAGAUUUACAAAGACGAAAAUUUGAAUGUCCUGGUGUGUCCUGUCCAUGGAUCUUCUGUAGUGCUUAAUUUUAGUACAAAAGUAUCCAUUGCGGUAUGUCUCACACUUCUGCUGUAUUCAAAGAAGCUGAUUGGCUGUACCAGAAGAGCCAAUGAAAUGGCGGAACAAAGAAAUAGUGCCUAUUGUGCGAACAGUGAGAAACACCAGUACUUACCUGACAGUCUGGUUGAGGAAGGUGGAAACUGGGAAAUUCAAGAAAGUUCCCCUCCUCUCUUUGCCAGUUUGACUCUAGGUUUUGCUGUCAACUGGAUGCCCUACCUUUUCAUGUGCGUAGUAUGUGACUUGAUGGGUUUUCUAGUGCCAGCUUAUGCCAGUGUUAAUCUCUUAUGGAUGGCCUGUGCCAACAGUCUACUGGUUGGCAUUGCCUUUUGGUUCAAGAGCGACAAGACUGGACCUUUCAGCAAAUUCCCAGAUGAUUUUUGUUUGUGGAGCAUCUACUGGCACUUGAGUAAAGGAACAUCACCAACUAUUGAUGCAAAGCUGUCGCAGGUAUGAUACAUAAUGACCUCUACACCUUUUCAAGAGGUCUAGGCUGUUCCUAGGUUUCAAGGAUGUUAUGAUGCUCUCUUGCAACCAUGCAUGUUUUUAGCAAAACAAAAUCUAUUGCUCUGUUCCAAAAUCUAGUGGGUUGCCUACCAAGCUAAUAUUUUAAGGCAUCAUAGGCAAGCUCCCAAUGGGAAGGCUAUUGCAAAAGGUAGACAGCAUACUUUUGCUGACUUGAGGCCAAAGUAUACAUCGGUAUUCUGCAUGUCAAUGCGUCUCGCGCACAGUGCUAGUGAUGCAAAUGUCAUCAUCAGCACAGUACGCCCAUACUUUCCGCAUGAAGCUGGGUUUUUCUAAAUUUGCACCUGCCGCUUACUGUUGUAGUGUGCAUGCAUUAUGAACAUACAUGAACAAUUGUAUUUUUAUAAACUAACAUUAACCAAGAUUAAUAAAUGCUGUUAAAUGUAUAUUGUUCAUUGUUAGUUCAUGAUACCUAAUGCCUUAACUAAGAUUAAAAAAUAAAAACUUAUUGUGAAGUG